AUUACGUUAUGGCCGUUACAGGGAACCAUGUACAGGCAUGGUGUUCGAGUCAGCGGAGGAUGCUAGGGAGUUUUAUGAAAUGUAUGGUCGACGUAUGGGCUUCACCAUUCUGAACAAUCACACGCGUCGAUCACUCAAGGAUAAUUCAAUUAUCGGUUGAGAGUUUGUUUGCUCAAAAGAAGGUUUUCGUGCAGAGAAUAUGCAAAGAAGGAAACCAGAGUUUCCCAAUCACGGCCUGUGACGAGAGAGGGAUGUAAUGCAAUGCUGAGAAUAGCAGCAAAAGGUGGGGGGAAAUGGGUUGUCUAUGGUUUUGUUAAAGAACAUAAUCAUGAACUGAAUCCGAGCAAAAUACCACCUCGACGGUCACAUCGAAUUGUCCUCUGUGAGGAUGAAAAAGAUCUUAAAAUUCGAGAAUUUUCCUCGGGACUGCAUUGCGAGAAAAAGAAAUGUGCUGCAUACCAAGAACAGCUUAAGAUAGUUUUAAAGUAUAUCGAAGAACACACUCGGCGGCUAUCCUUAAAACUUAACUUGGUGUCCAACAAUCUGAGGGAGCUUAAAUCUGAAGACUAAGGCAGCUUAUUUUCUAAGAUAAGCCUCCUGAAAUCUCUUCUAUGCAUAAGCAGAUCGGUUAACUUGCGAGUUACUUUACUCGAAUUGCUAGUUACUUUACUCGAAUUGCUAGUUAC